CCGGGUUGCCGGAAGCCGCUCCUGACUCCGGCCGUGGGGCGGGCUCGCCGCAGUCGGCUUCUCCUCGGUUCUCCGCUAGCUGCGUGCCGCAAGAUGGCCGAUCUCUCACUGGACGAGCUCAUCCGGAAGCGCGGGACGGCGGCCAAGGGACGGCUCAGUGUCAGGCCAGGAAUAGGAGGUGUCCGGUCUCGAGUUGGAAUCCAGCAUAGUCUUGUUAACCAGCCAGCUCGCACAGCCACCUUCCAGCAGAGAUUUGACGCCCGACAGAAGAUUGGCCUCUCAGAUGCUCGGCUCAAGCUGGGUGUCAAAGAUGCCCGGGAAAAGCUUUUGCAGAAAGACGCCCGGUUUCGGAUCAAAGGAAAAGUACAGGAUGCCAGGGAGAUGCUGAACUCACGAAAGCAGCAGGGCACUGUGUCCCAGAAGCCCCGGCAGGUGGCUGAUGCCCGGGAGAAGAUCAGCUUGAAGAGGCGAUCCCCUGCUACGUUCACAAGCCCGCCCAUUGGGACUGUGACCCCUGCUCUGAAACUCACCAAAACUAUCCAGGUUCCACAGCAAAAGGCCAUGGUGCCACUUCAUGCCCAUCCUGCUGGAAUGAGGAUCAAUGUUGUCAAUAACCACCAGGCUAAACAGAACUUGUAUGACCUGGAUGAAGACGAUGACAUUGUGGCGCCUGUCCCUCCCAAGCAGAUGAAGUUUGCAUCCACGGGCAGCCUUGUUCACCACAUGACUGGACUGAGCAGUUCCAAGCUGUCCAUGUCCAAGGCCCUCCCUCUCACAAAAGUGGUCCAGAAUGAUGCCUACACCGCUCCUGUUCUCCCCUCCUCUGUUCGAACCAAAGCCUUGACCAGCAUGUCCCGGACGCUGGUGAACAAGGAGGAUCCUCCCAAAGAGCUGCCGCCUGCUGAGCCUGUGCUUAGCCCCUUGGAAGGCACCAAGAUGACUGUGAAUAAUCUGCACCCCCGAGUCACAGAGGAGGACAUAGUUGAGCUUUUCUGUGUGUGUGGAGCUCUCAAGCGGGCUCGACUGGUCCAUCCUGGGGUAGCAGAAGUUGUCUUCGUGAAGAAGGAUGACGCCAUUACUGCUUAUAAGAAGUACAACAACCGAUGUCUGGAUGGGCAACCUAUGAAGUGCAAUCUUCACAUGAAUGGAAAUGUCAUCACCUCAGACCAACCCAUCCUGCUGCGGUUGAGUGACAGCCCCUCAGUGAAAAAGGAAAGUGAGCUGCCACGGAGGGGCAACCCUGCCUCUUCCAACCCUCCUGCCGAAGUGGACCCUGACACCAUUCUCAGAGCACUCUUCAAGUCCUCGGGGGCCUCUGUGACCACACAGCCCACAGAAUUCAAAAUCAAACUUUGAGGAGGGGAGCAAGGCAGCCAGAAACAGGGCAGAGGAGGGUGGCUCUGUUUCCCAAGGCAAAGUUGAGACCAAUGGGCUGUCGGACUGAAGCCCCCUGAACAAGGGAUGAGGUACCAGGGAGAGCUUCCUCGCUGGACGGGACCCACCUUUCUGUGUUAUUUACGCCUUGCCCUUCUGUGCGCUCCAUUUCUGUAGUAUGUUUCCCUUUCCUCCAUUCAUCACCAAGGUAGGCUGUGUUUGUCGGUGUGCCCCCUACCCUCGGCCCCUAGCCGAUUUCUCCCCUAGAUAUGGUGCACUGUUUCCCUGGGUGGCCUUCUUGUGGCCCCAUGGACCACAGGGUGCAGGAACGUAUUGGAAAGACUGCUUUUUUUUUUUUUUUUUUUUUUUUUUUUUUUUUUUUUUUUUUUUUUUUUUUAAUUUUUUUUAUGUUUUGUUUUUAAGAGUUUUCUUGUUCUGUUGAAGUUUUCACACAAAACAGGGAAUGAAUGGGACCUCCUGCUAUUCAGUGGGCACUAGGACAGCUGGGGGCUGCAUCAGGCCACUGGCUUCCUGUGUUCUCACCACUGUCCCCUCUAGCCCUGACUGCAAGUAUGCAGUGCUCUAUGAUGGGCAGGCAGCUCUUGGCUGCCUGUGCAGGUUUGGGCAGUGUGCAAGGCAUCCCAGCAUUCAUGGUCCCUUGUUAGUGUUGUGCCAAAGGCCUUGGGUCAGUUCUCUCAGCUUCCAUAUGGAAGUGAGGAAGGGACCUGUGCCUAUUAGCCCUCUUGAUUCUCACCUGAUAGGGCAACAUCAAAGCUUGGUGUGGGUGCGGGUGCCAGCUCCAAGUUGGUUGAGCCUUUUUCCAGGUUCUACCUGGGCACCUCUGUGUGUUCUACAGCACAGAGGACUUCGGGGAGAUUGAUUGGAUCAGAGUCAUUGGCUGGCUCUGGCUCUGCUUUUCUGCCUUCAGUUUUCUACAGAACAGCAGUCAGGUUUGCCUGAAGUGCAGCCUCCACCAGGGCAUUGUCUCUGCUAGUGUCAGUGACCCACAUUGAUGAGUGGUCUGAGCAGCUGGUGGGUUACUUUAUCCAGUGUGCUCCUGCAUUGUUUAGUGUGGAACUGUAGGAAUUGGGCAGGUGCUGAGUGUCAGGUAGCAGCGGUCCAGAGCUGGUCAGUAGACCCCUGACAAUGGAAACAAGAUGCUAAGCUGUCAUAGGUGGAGCAGGAUCCUAAGGACGCACAAUAUCAGUUGUGCGUGCUGUAAAGGGACAAACUGAGGAAGUAGAGGAAGCUGCAGGACUGUGACCCGUUCAAGGCUAGCCCAGUUAAGAGAACUUCAGCUAAUUCUUAUUUUCCUGAGUUAGAUCCCUGCCCAUGCCCAGCUGGAAGGGUCUUUUUUUUUUUUUGGGUCAAAAUUAGUCCUUCAGCUCUAAGGUUGCCCAGCAAAGGAAUCUAGGAAUGACAACUGCGGUGUCCACUCCUAAAUACCUCCUUCUCUUCCACCCUUCUAAAUGGGUACAAACUUAAUUCUUCUCAGAAACUGGAAGACAUUCCUCUGUGUUUGCCCCUUCCUGGCCCAAGAGAACACCCCUAGACAUUAGGGCCUAGCUCUCUGCCUCUGGGAACAGCUGGCAUGCCUUUUGCUUUGUGUAGAGUAGGGUGGCUGAGACCCUUCCUGGUUCCCCUGCUCUUUGUGAGUUAGGCGUGCUGGGGCACACUGGAACCCAGUCAGCCUCACCCUCCUGGCCAGAUGGUGCUUUGGGGACUUGGGUGAUUGCCCCUCCUGCAUUUCAUAAUGUCAUCUUGGGAAACAGAAAAGAAGGUGGGCCAACCCUCUUGUCCCCCACUCCCUUGCAUUACUUCUUUGUGUCUUGUUCAGGAGAAAAGACAUUGUGGGACGGAGGGCCUUGUUACUUUCCACUUCUCAAUAAAUGUUUGUUAUUCCUAACUUUGA